AUGGCUUCAUUGCUCGCUUCGCGCGUGCCUCGGCUCGCUCCUCUCGGCUUCAUCCAAUCUCUCGCCCUGCCUAUCUCCAUCAAUGUUCCGCCGAUCCUCGCUGACCUCUGGGAAUCCGUCCUCCGCGCCGUCCCCAAGAAGAAGACCUCGCACAUGAAGAAACGCCACCGCCAAAUGGCCGGCAAAGCUCUCAAGGACGUACAGAACCUCAACAAGUGCCCUGGGUGUGGUCAAAUCAAAAGGGCUCAUGUGAUGUGUCCCCACUGCGUGAGAGAUAUCAAGGACUCGUGGAAAACAGCGCAAACCGCAUGA